GUCACAGCACCUUUAAAGGGAGAAUGGGUUAGAAGGUGUUUCCAUGGGAUUCAGAGACACUCGGUACUUGGUGCCAAAGCCCCUCAGAUUCUUAUGCUCCUCCAAAGGCGAGAGAGGAGAAGAAGAAAGCUUGCUGUAGUCCCUUCCUAUUGCUGAGUCAUUAACUUCUUUUUGCUGAGUCAUUCUGCAGCUGUGUCUGACAAACCAGGAGACAGACAAGCAGGAAGGCUCAAGACCAUGGAACUAAAGUGGCUGCUGUGUGUGACAUUGCUGAUACUUGGGUUAGUUGAUGUCCACACACAUGAUGGGGAAGAUGACCAUGGUGGUGAUGUAAUUGAUAUUGAGGAUGACCUGGAAGAUGGUGUUGAGGAGGUAGAAGAGUCAAAGCCGGAAGCCAGCAGCCCUCCUCCAUCCCCAAAGGUUACCUACAAGCCCGCAGUUCCAACAGGAGAGGUUUAUUUUGUGGAAAACUUUGAUAAGGGAACCCUGGAAGGAUGGGUUCUUUCCAAGGCCAAGAAGGAUGACACAGAUGAUGAAAUUGCAAAAUACGAUGGUAAAUGGGAAGUAUUGGAAAUGAAGGACACCAAACUUCCAGGGGACAAAGGACUAGUACUGAUGUCCCGGGCCAAGCAUCAUGCGAUCUCUGCCAAACUGACAAAACCCUUCAUAUUUGAUACCAAACCCCUCAUUGUACAGUAUGAAGUGAAUUUCCAAAAUGGGAUUGAGUGUGGUGGUGCCUAUGUGAAGCUGCUUUCUAAAACCACCGAGCUGAACCUGGAUCAGUUCCAUGACAAAACUGCCUACACAAUCAUGUUUGGUCCUGAUAAAUGUGGAGAAGAUUAUAAAUUACACUUCAUCUUUCGGCACAAGAACCCCCAAACCGGCAAGUAUGAAGAGAAGCAUGCAAAGCGUCCAGAUGCAGAUCUGAAGACCUACUUUACCGAUAAGAAGACCCACCUCUAUACUCUGGUCUUGAAUCCUGAUAAUAGUUUUGAAAUCCUGGUUGAUCAGACUGUGGUGAAUAGUGGGAAUCUCCUAAAUGAUGUGACUCCUGCUGUGAACCCACCCCGAGAGAUUGAGGACCCAGAUGACCAGAAACCAGAGGACUGGGAUGAGAGACCCAAGAUUCCAGACCCAGAUGCUGUUAAACCAGAGGAUUGGGAUGAGGAUGCUCCUGCAAAGAUUCCAGAUGAUGAUGCUGUGAAGCCAGAAGGUUGGCUGGAUGAUGAGCCAGAAUAUGUAGCCGAUCCUGAUGCAGAGAAACCAGAGGACUGGGAUGAGGAUAUGGAUGGAGAGUGGGAGGCACCUCAGAUUGCAAAUCCCAAAUGUGAGUCAGCCCCUGGCUGUGGUACCUGGCAACGACCUAUGAUUGACAAUCCCAACUACAAAGGCAAAUGGAAGCCUCCUAUGAUUGAUAACCCCAACUACCAGGGAAUCUGGAAGCCCAGGAAGAUCCCAAACCCAGAUUUCUUUGAAGAUCUAGAACCUUUCAGAAUGACUCCCUUCACUGCUGUGGGCCUUGAAUUAUGGUCAAUGACCUCUGACAUCUUCUUUGACAACUUUAUCAUCUGUUCAGACCAAGUCGUGGCAGAAGAUUGGGCCAAUGAUGGUUGGGGUCUAAAAAAGGCAGCUGAUGGUGCUGCUGAGCCUGGUGUUGUGGGCCAGAUGAUGGCAGCUGCUGAAGAGCGUCCCUGGCUGUGGGUAGUAUACAUCCUAACUGUGGCUCUACCUGUGUUCCUUGUUGUCCUCUUCUGCUGUUCUGGAAAGAAACAGCCAAACGCUGCAGAGUACAAAAAGACUGAUGCUCCUCAGCCUGAUGUGAAUGAAGAGAAAGAGGAGGGGAAAGACAAGGCAGAUGAGGAGGAGGAGGAAGAGGAGGAGGAAGUGGAAUCAAAUGAAGACAAGCUGGAAGAGAAGCAAAAGAGCGAUGCUGAUGUUGGAAGUGCUAGUCAAGAGGAGGAAGAGGAUGAGGAGGAAGAAGAUGGAAAACCCACAUCAGAGGAGGAAGAAAGCAUGAAUAGAUUGAAAAAAUCGUAAGAACUUCAUCUAUGAUUAUUUUUCCCCCCCACAUGGUUCUGGGAGAGGACCUUGGAUACCUUAUGUUGAAACUCAGACAAACCUCAAGACUUCACCAUCCGCAGGUUCCAGUCACACUAUCCAAUGUAACUGAGUGUCUAGCAGUAAAAUAUUUGCAAUCAUCUGUUUAAAGAGAACAUCAUUCCUGUAGAAAGAUGCAUUUAAUGUAAUGGGCUGUGGAUUUUGAAAUGUAACAAAACUAACCUUUUAUUUUUGUUUUUAAAUAGAUUGGUAGAACUUUGCCAGUCUCUCAACCUUAGCUUAAUUUAAUGUAUUAAUCGAUCAAUGAAAAAUAACAAAUCUAGAAAAAUGUUAGUUGAUGAAAUGCAGUUUUUAUAACUUUAUUUUUUUUUAUAAACAUGGAAAUUCCUGGCAAUGCCUGUGUAUCCCUUAAAUUUGGUCAUCAUGUCAGUUGUCAGUGGCUACAUUGACUCUUUUUUUAAAUCCUCUCAAAUAAGGAAAUUAGGGGUGGGAAGGAAGUUAAAGUCCAUGUAAAGAAACUAUAUAACUAAGAUGUGUUAACGUUCCCAAGAAAGCCCUCUCAUUUAUUUGUUGAGGGAGAAGCAUAGGUAGGCCAUGAAAUAAGUGUUGCCCAUGGCUGUUGCCCAGUUAAGUGUUCACAAUUGGCCUAAGGUAGUGGGGGUAGGUUUUACUAUGGUACUUAGCCUUGCAAGACUCACAGAGGCCGGAUGUCUGAUUUCUUUAGUUCUUGAGCUUUUCUCAAUAGGGCAGUGGGUGUUUGGGUUUAAAAAAAUAAAUUAUACACACUUUUCCCUUCCUCCGGCCCUAGCUUUCUCUGCUACUAUGCAGAUUCUUCAGAGUGUAGGUUGGCCUCCAUUGCUGAAGAUUACUUUGUGCUUGGCUCACAAUCAAACUUUUAUAGGUGGCUCUUUUUUCUUUUUUCUUUUUUUUUUUUUUGGUGGGGCAAAGGGGUGCUUUUGUUUAAGCUACACAUACUUCUUUCCAGGGUCCAAACACUGGAUACGACAGUGUCCCUAAUCUCCUUAUUGUUACCGCUGUAUGUAAACGCCUGCACAGAGACAGGGAGGUGGGAAAAGAAUAGGCAGGUUGACCUAAAGACUCAUAUCAGAAGCAAAGAUGUCAGUAUUUUUAGAUGGGGAAGGAGCAUGUGGAAUAACCUACCUGGUAUGUGUAACCAUUUGAGUCUUUCAUCUGCUCUUCAUGUAACAGUUGCAUUCUAAAUUAUAUUGUGAAUAUAGGGGGGUUCCAAAUCCAGCUAAAUAAAUUUUGUUUUAAAAUGUCAUGUCUAGUAUACUAUACUGUUCUAAAGUUUUUUUGUUUCGUUGUGGAAUGCAAAUGACCACCACCAGAGCAUACCUCUAAGAGGGUAAACUCUGAUGCUUUCAUUAGUGUACCAAAAUGUAUUAGAGAGGGAAGGUUAAUGUCUACAUAGACUAGCUUUUUGCCCUCUUUGUUCAAAAUAACUUUAAAUGUCCUAAAUUGCUCUCCUUGGACUGAAUAGAAACACUCCCAUGUUCCAUUUGUGUUUUUGUUUCGGGUACAGUAGAAAGUGAAGAGCAAUUACCCCAAUUUUUUAAAACCAUCUUACCAAUGUCUAACAUUUAAAAACAAAAACUCCGGCUGCCUGUCCUUAACCAAGAGAGUUGUUGUUGUGGUGUUUUUUUUUUUUUUUAAAUACCAGUGGCUGUAAAUGCAUAGCAGGAUUGCUUGACCACUCUGUAGUGUGCAAAUAGAACAUGGUAAGUUUAGACUUCUGUUUAGAACGACUUACUUCUAGAAAUCUGACCCCUCUCCAAACACUUUUUAAACACUGCAUCUUUCCCUCUCCAAAAUAGCUUCUGCUUUGCUGUUGGAAGCUGUCAUGUUUUAUAGGCACUGCUUUUAAUUUAAUUCUUCUUGGCUCUCAAGAUGGCUUUUAUAGAGGAGCGGUACUAUUCAUGACUUAGUUCCUCCCAGAUAAAAAUAGUGUAGAUGGCCUCUGGUGGUCAGCUACCAUCUCGGGCACAAUUUACAAACCUAUUUUAAUGCACUUCAGUUAAUGCUGUUUUUAUCUUCAUGUACAAACUGCCUUAAUUUCCAGUACCUUUCUCCUAUACACACACACUCUUCCAAAAUACUACUAGAGGUGAAAUUCUGAAACGCUUUUCAGACAUCAGUUAUUAAAUGGUAUUGCAUUAAAGCUGAGUGUUCAAGUCUUUUUGCUUCUACUGGACCUCUUUGAAAGGGUCUCCUGUUGGCAUGUGAUGACUUUCUUUGGUACCAUAGUGUAAAUUUUGAAUAGUCACUAUAUUAAAUGGUGAAUCUCCACAAUGGAUAGAAAAACUUCAGUUUUUAAGAUUUUUGUCAUGGCAUCUAACUUUGCCUCCAGUGUUAAACUGCAAGCCUCUUUUGAAUAGAUAAAAGAAUAUGAUGCCAGCUUCAUUAAAAGGGUUGUCAUUGUUAGCUGUCCACUUCCAGGUAAAAAGAGAAUAUAUUUAUUAAGGCUAACAGUAUUUUCUGAAUACCUGAAGCUCCAGUUGUCUCCCACCUGUGACUUGGAACAGUUAGUGACUCUUAAAAGUACUCGGAAAGAAGUCUGUAUUUUAGUAAGUGUAAGGGAGUUCGACUGCACAUAAAGUGCAGUGGUAAAUGGACCUCUUAUAAAGGGUGGUCUUUGGCCUUAUAUAGUAAAACCUGAAUUCUCUCCCCUUUUUAAAUGAAGAAAUGUUGUGUUAGAUAACUGGUUCUACAGAGCCAAAAGACUCUCUACCAUAGAUUUGAGUGUCAGACUGUUCACUUGGCAUUUUUAAUAUCUGAAAUAGUAAAGAGUAUUUUGGAAAUACUGAAAAAUAGUUGUCUUGGAAUUGUGAUCAGUGAAAGGAGGUAAAGGAAACAUAGCAAACUUACUAAUAUUUUCUUAGUAAAAUGUAAGUGGGGAUGUAAACUGGCCUUUCAGAGUGUUUGGUUAUCCAGUGAAUUAACAGAACUUGAGAAUGUGGAUUUUUAAAUGUAUUUGACAAUGUCUAAGAUUUGGAUCUCUGGGAUGGAGAGGGUAUUCUUACAAAUACUCAUUACUGGUAAACAAGUUUUAUCUCCUCUACAUAUGGCUCCACUCAACCUGUGGCAGCAAACAUGGUGCUAGUGACCAGUUUCUCUGCACCCCUCUGCCAUCCCCAUAUGCACUUCUCUAAAUGCCAGUAUUGCCUCCAUAAAUGGUUUCAAAAGCAAAAUCCUCAAGUGUUGCUAAAUGAGAACUGUGACUUCUCUCACAGAAAAGUCCUGUCUGUUUGAAAAAGGAUAAUUGUAGAUGCAGUAUGCAUAUAUAAAUAUAUUGGAUAAGUUAUAAAUGUAAGUUUACUCUGAUUAAUAAAGAAACUUAAAUCUA